AUGAUGGACACCCGAUUAAAAUUCUAUCCGAUUCGAUGUAUAUGUCUAAUAUCACGACUACAACAGCUUUUUGCCAUACUGAUAACGGUAGCCAUGGUAUGCAUCGUCUAUGAAAGCUACAUUUCUGUUUACAACUUUAACUAUAGUCUUCUAUUUGUUGUUGGUAAACCGAGAUUCCUAAUCAAUCAAGAGAUCAUUGAAGAGGAAGGUGGUUUGUAUGGCGAUAUUCUGCAAAUGGACUUCACUGACACUUACCGAAAUAUAACACUAAAGCAUCUGGCCGAGUUACGUUACUUGGCUUCAGCAUGUAAUGAUAAUAUUGUUAUUCUCAAAGUGGAUGAUGACGUAGCAUGGGACAUUCAGCAAAUAUCCACCUUCGUACGAAAUAAUAUCACAUUGGACAACCUCUUCUGCGUUCGGUAA